GAGAAGAUCCAAGGUCGAUGGUGUGAAAUUAGUUUUCUCUUCCACUUCAGACUCGUCCAAAAUGGCGUUAUAUAUCUCAAGAACACAGCACUUGGUGUUGAUCACAUGGCUUGCCGUCUUUGCAGCGUUUGCUCUCGUUGGAAUCAGGGAUUUCCUUGUCAACAUAGAGGAUAACAGGUGUGAGAUGACGUACAUGUAUGAAUGGCCGCGCUAUAUCAGAGUCCCGCUGUGGAAGGGAACUUCGAAACGCUUUCCAAGAUACGCUUUACAUCUCUAUGGCGAAGGAGACUAUGCUGAUCGAUCUAGUAAUCUUAAAUUAACCGGAAUUCCUGUACUGUUUAUUCCCGGUAAUGCAGGAAGUUAUAAACAAGUCCGGUCACUCGCAUCUGUGGCAUUAAGAAAAGCAGAGAGUCUUAGGUCUCGAGUCCAUUUUAAUUAUUUCACUGCUGACUUAGACGAAUCGUUAUCAGGAUUAUAUGGAGGAGUACUGAAGGAGCAAACUGAAUUUGUCAGACUUUGCAUCACUCGCAUUGUGUGGUUAUACAGGAAAACUUCAAACCCACCAAAGUCAGUGGUACUAAUCGGGCAUUCUAUGGGAGGCUUGAUUGCAAGGGGAUUGUUUGCUAUGCGAAACUUCAGUACUCAUCUUGUUCAUACAAUAAUAACCCUUGGAACACCUCAUCAACAUCCAGUUGUAUCGCUUGAUCCUCAAUUGGCAGACUAUUAUGAAAAUAUCAACAGCUUUUGGAAAAGUCAAACAUUCAUUAAUGAAAAUGAAUCAAGACUGAAGAAUAUUACUUUAGUUUCUGUGAGUGGUGGAUUCAGAGAUGUGUUGGUACGAUCCAGUCCUUCAUCCUUGAAACAAAUAACUAGACCAUCUCAAACUAUCAGCGUAGUAACCUCAUCAGUACCACGGGCAUGGGUCAGUGUUGACCAUCUUUGCCUUUGCUGGUGUCGACAAUUAGUUCUAAUAACCAACCGUGCCUUGUUUGAUAUGAUUGAUCAAGAAAAAAGACAAAUAAUGGAAAGCAAGCAACACAGAGUGAAGAUUUUUACACAUCACUUUCUCAAGAAUUCAGGUCAAUCAAUAGUUACUUUAGAUCAAACUGGAAAAGUCAAGAGCAGAAUGGAUAAGUAUUUCAAUCCUGUUGUUUUACACAAAAGAUUGUGGAGAUUCAAAGGAACUGGUAAAAAUCUAAAUGAACAAAAACUGUUUGCAUUUUCCUUAGAUGAAUGGACUGCAACACAUAAUUUUCUGAUAAUAAUGACAUCUGUUGAGUCUGAGAGUUGGUUGCUGGGAUGUCAGAAAACUUCAGGUCAAGCAUGUAGCACUGUAUCAGACUUAACUCAUCUUGCUAAGCUGCUUCCUUGGAAUGGAACAGCAAUGAAGUUUGUAAAACUUGAUCUAGCAAAUUUUGCAGAAAUGGAGUACUUGGCUGUUCAUGUACCUCCAUCAACAAGAUCUAAUAUAGUGUGGUCUGAGUUUCAUUCCUCUGACAGUUCUGUGUAUAAUGUUCAGUUACCGGGAUUAUUUGCAAGAAAAUCAACUGUUCUUGACAUUCCUUCUGAUACUAUUUUUGCUAACAUAAGCAUAAAAUCUGUAGCCAAGGCCUGGAAAGUAUUUGUUUUUUAUGUUGAAGCCAUGGACUGUGAUAAUAGAAAUUCAUUGCUGAUAGGAAGGAUUCAUGUGCCAUGGUUCAAUGAAGACAAAUACAGUUUUUCAAGCAAUGGACAUGCAAACCUUGUGUUGAAACUAAAUCACCCCAAACCGAGAGGAACAAGAGAACAUGUCCAGAUACACCUUUGGCUUGAUCCGAAGUGUUCACAUAGAGUCAGUGCUCAGUUUGAUUUUUAUCAAACUCUUGGUCAAAUUUACAGGUUCUAUUAUGUUCAGCUACCUUGCUGGGCAUUUUCUGUAGUUAUGUUGGUGAUUGCGUGGCAGCUUUCAUCAAUGAACAAUGAACAGCGAUGUGACUCAUUCUUUAGUUUAGUGGCAAAUGCUGCUAAGAGCCUUAGAGUUCUGCUUCUUGUCUUUCAAAGUCAUUUCUUUGUUUCACAGCUUGUGCUGGCAUAUUUUGUGUGGAAAGGUGAUAUUGGCCAACAUAGUUGGCUCCCCAACAUUGAUGACUUAAAGACCUUCAUCUGGUUGAUCCCCCUUGUUUUAAUCAUAUCUACAGCUGUCAUUAUUGUUAUAACUCUUUUUGUAUGGGUUGGAAUGUUUGCUAGGCUUGGUGGCUUUAUUUUGGGUCGUUUUAAAGUGUUACCUCAAAUACCAACAAAAUUUGGGAUUAAGGAUUGGAUCUUUAUGGUGGCUGAGGUCGUGACUGCCUUUCUUUUUUGUGGAACACUGGCUCUUGUUCUCAUCUUCCUUGUAUGCCUUUGGAAAACCUGGAAAUAUGCUGCCAUUGUUAAAGCUUUGAGCAAGAAAGAACCAGUGCAGCAGAAAGACAAGAGACUAAUGGAAUUAUUGGAAAGUUUUGGAAACUUUUAUUUGACUUUAUGUGUGCUUACUUUACUGGUUAUCAGCAUAAAUAUCCCCGCAUUGGCAGUAUGGGCUAAAAACAUUAGUCUUUCUUUCCAUCUGUCUGCCGAUCACACUUCUCUGUUUUCAGUAGUUAUCAGUAUAAACAUCACUUUAUUUGAUCCACUUAUAGUAGUACCUCGUUCCCUGGUCUACCUGUGCUUUAUGCUUAGUAUUGCUGUGGCUCAAGCCCCAGCCCUGCCUUUGUACCUGAUACCAUACACUAUUUGUUUUCUUUUAACUGUGUUAAAUGUGUCUCAUUAUGUGUGUUCAACUAAAAGUGAAAGGUUCAAGGAGGACUGACAGAGGAGAAAAUAGGAAGCCUUCUUUUUUUGAAUGUUAGCUUCAUAAUUAAGCUUAUAACCUGUUCAUCUCUGAUAAUUUCCAAAAUGUCUUUCACUUGCAAGUCAAUAAGUAGUCUCCCAUUCAGCCAUUUUUAUCUCAUCACACUCAUCCCUGACAAGCAUUGCAUGAUGAGACAAAAACAGCUGCAUGGAAGAUUAUUCAAUAAAUGAAUCCAGUCAUGUAUCAUAUAUAUCUUGUAUCAUACAAGCCCACCCCAGACAAUGCAGGGCUUGAAAUAACCGCUCGCAAACGUGCAAAAAUGUGCGUGAUUUUGAUAAUCUGCAAGUGAGAAAAAUAUCCACUAGCAAAUGUUUGUGAGUUAGAAUCAUCCAAACAAAGGCAAAGAAUUUGCUAGUGGUCUCACCAGUUUGCUAGUGGAAAAAAACUUAGAAGCAAAACUUUGCAAGUGUACUAAAAAGUUAUUUUCGAGCCCAGCAAUGUUGUAACUUUUGUUUCGUUUAUGCUCUAUUCUAAUAAUUUACACAUCAUGAAAGGUAUUUAACCAUUAACUGGAGAAUGUCUUGAUGGAACUGAUGUGUUGUGUGCAGUGUAUUUGUUACCAGCCCACUGCAUUCCUAAACGCUUUUUAAAGACUACACAGUAGACCGUCUUGUUGCACAGUAGUGAGUUUGCGAGAGAUAAGCUAGGGUGUGAAGCACUAGUAAGAGCUUAGUCUGUCAAAAGGAGCUUAUUGUAGACUAUUCCAGGUUUUUGGACAGUGGAGUACAACCUCAACUCUCCCUAGUCCCUUUCUGUGCUCCCUUAUUUUUGCUUUGUCCCCACUAUCUGAAUGCCUAGAAAAUACCACGGAUAAUGUCAGGCCAGGCUAAAAUUUUGUUGCGGUUACAGGCCAAAUUGUGGCCUGGGCACUAUAAUUUUAUAUUGGGUGUCGGAGAAGUGGAGUCACACCCCAACUUUUGUUGGUAUUUCCCUUCAUGC